GAAGGAUCUGAAGGGCUGCUAAAUAGAAGUCCAGCAGAAUUGAUCUAAUUGUUCCUGAAGAUGUGCCAAGAAAUAUUGAGCUUGAAGAAGCAGUAUUGAAUUGAUUUCUGCAGCACUGACUGAAUUCUAUUAGUUCUGUUUUCACAAUGAAAUCUCUAGAAGACCAAGUUGUACAAGAAGAACUAGGAUACCAAGAUGAAGAGGAAUCAUUUUUCCAGGACAUUGAUCUGUUACAGAAGCAUGGAAUUAAUGUAGCAGAUAUUAAGAAGCUGAAAUCAGUAGGAAUUUGCACAAUCAAAGGGAUUCAGAUGACAACUAAGCGGGCAUUAUGUAAUGUGAAGGGACUUUCUGAAGCCAAAGUAGAGAAGAUAAAAGAAGCAGCCAACAAACUUAUAGAACCAGGGUUUCUGACUGCUUUUGAGUAUAGUGAAAAGCGAAAGAUGGUAUUCCAUAUUACCACUGGAAGCCAGGAAUUCGAUAAACUCCUAGGUGGUGGGAUUGAAAGCAUGGCUAUCACAGAAGCCUUUGGAGAAUUCCGAACAGGCAAAACUCAACUUUCCCAUACUCUUUGUGUGACAGCCCAACUUCCAGGAGCAGAUGGAUAUACAGGAGGGAAGAUUAUUUUCAUUGACACGGAAAACACAUUUCGUCCAGACCGCUUACGUGACAUUGCUGAUCGCUUCAAUGCAGAUCAUGAGGCAGUUCUUGACAAUGUAUUGUAUGCACGGGCUUAUACUAGUGAGCAUCAAAUGGAACUACUUGAUUAUGUUGCUGGCAAAUUCCAUGAGGAACCUGGCAUCUUCAAACUACUGAUAAUAGAUUCCAUUAUGGCACUGUUUCGUGUGGAUUUUAGUGGUCGUGGGGAAUUAGCUGAAAGGCAACAGAAACUUGCUCAGAUGCUCUCAAGGCUUCAGAAAAUAUCAGAAGAAUAUAAUGUGGCUGUGUUUGUGACUAACCAAAUGACCUCUGAUCCUGGAGCAACCAUGACCUUUCAGGCUGAUCCCAAGAAACCCAUUGGAGGCCAUAUUCUUGCUCAUGCUUCUACAACGAGGAUUAGUUUGCGAAAGGGAAGAGGAGAAUUACGUAUUGCCAAAAUAUAUGAUAGUCCUGAAAUGCCUGAAAAUGAAGCCACAUUUGCAAUAACCGCUGGAGGAAUAGGAGAUGCCAAAGAGUAGGCUGAUCUUAGUGAUAAACUGCUGGGAGAUUCCCAUCAAAUUAUAUCAAAAGUUAUUUAGUUCCUAGUUACUUAUAUCUAUUAUUUCAAAUUUAGAAAAGUUAAAUUUGAGGGGCAGCAAUAUGAUUGCUAGAAAUGUUAUCUUUUGACAUUGCUGAGCAUAUUUUCUUUGUUCACAGGAUAAGUCAAUCAUGUGUAACCAUCCUUUUCAUAACAGCAUUAAUUUUGUGCUAGGAAUUUCUAGUAGAAUUAAAGCACCAGUGCAUUGCAAUUUUAAAAGUCUAGAGGUCAUAAGAAUUGAAAACAUUUUUACAGAAAAUGUCUCAAAAUGCUUUACGGAUCCUUAAAUACUUCAAGGACUUUUAAUGUAUUAAUUUUAGCUUUAACAUAUAGAAGGAAUAUAUGAACCGCAACUGAAAGUAAUUGACCAGCAUUUAAAAAUAAAUAAAUUUGUCAACUCUCUAAAUAAGAGUUAGUAGAUAAAGU